AUGCCAUCUAAUAACUCGGGAUACGGAAGCGUUGCUGUCAAUCGAUCAGCAGAUGAAGAAAAACCACUCAAAGCGCUUGCGCCAGAAGACAGCAGCGUAAUUCAUGAAGGACAACGCCGCCAAGCCCUCGGGACUACAUCACGAGUGUUCCUGAGUGUCUUGUGCGUUGUCGCGUGUGUGGCCCUUUUCAUGGGAGGAGACUCGGAAGAGUCUAGCUUGACAAUGUCUGCCAAACACAAGCACGGCAAGCACAAGCACAAGCACCACAAAAAUGUUUUGUUGGACAAACAUUACGAUGCUCAGGAACUCUACUUUGAUGAGCAAAUUCUUGACCAUAUGGAUCCUUCUAGCGAUGAGACAUGGUCCGAACGCUAUUACAAGGUCUCCAAGUAUUGGAAGGGACCUGGGCAUCCAAUCAUUGUCAUUAUGGGCGGGGAAGAUGAGUUGAUUCUUCCAAUGUUGUAUCCAUGGGUCAACAAGGGCUUGGCCAAAGAGUUCGGGGCCUUUGUUCUCUCUCCAGAACAUCGCUUCUACGGGGCGUCGCAGCCAUUCCACAACGCCACCAAUGAGGAGCUGGUGCAACUCAUGACACCCGACCAGGCCCUAGAGGAUGCCGUCAACCUCAUUCAAUACAUCCGCGAGAGCAUUGGAUGCAGCCUUGAUAAAUCUUCCAAAGACUACUGUCCCGUCAUUACCUUUGGAGGAUCUUACCCUGGCUUUUUGUCGGCAAUGUUGCGAUUCCGUUUCCCUGAUGUGAUCGAUAUUUCUUAUGCCGCCAGUGCUCCAUUGGAUCUCUACGCCCAAAACGUGGCGCCCCAAGCGUAUUUUGAUAAGGUGUCCGAGGUUGCGGAGAUUGCCUCGCCUGGCUGUGAAGCUGCCGUUCGCGACACGCUUUUCGACGCCAGAGACGAACUCACUACCUAUUACACUUCCGUCAAAGAGGCUGCUGAAUUAACUGGUUUCUGCGCCAAAACCUUCCCAGACUACAUGGAAACCAUUGAAGAAUUCAUUAGUGAAACCAUCACUUAUUUGGUCCCAGCAGUCUUUGCCGACUUCAACAUGGCUUACUAUCCACCAGGCCCCAAAACAGCCUUGGAACGGGCUUGCCAAAUUUUCCAAGAUCCCAUUCAUGCACCCUUGAAGAAGAUCUCCCUGUUCUACGAUCUUCGUGGAGAGGUUGAGUAUGGAGCCGACCACAAGCCCGAGUGCUUCGACCUAACCUUGGAGCUUCCAAGCGGACCCAAUGCCACAAUUCGUGGAGCAGACACUUCUGGAUCUGGUGGCGGAUUCACUGGCGAGAUUUGGGAGUUUCAAUGUUGCAAGGAUUUGAUCAUUCGUGCGUCGUACUCGGAAGAGAGCAUGUUCAUUCCUCGACCCUAUUCCCCUGAAUUUCUCCAAGAGCAUUGUCAAGCACGAUUCGAAGGUGUCCCAUUUAAACCUGACCGCAUGGUUCGCGAGUGGGGAUUUGACGACUUGAGCCAAGCCUCAAGAAUCUUGUUCACGAAUGGUCUGCUAGAUGGUUGGUCUACGAGCAGUAUUCUGUCAACUGAUAACCCAAACCUUGCUGUUAUCAACCUUCCUAACGGAGCCCACCACAGUGACCUUUCAAUGCAUUGGCCAAAUCCAGCUGAUACUGAUGACAUCGUCGAGGGCCACAAGCAAGCUACCGUGAUCUUGCAAGGUUGGUUGGACGACAUCAAGGCAGAAAAUAGCAGCUAG